AUGGAUCGACUACCACAAGAGAUAACCGACUCAAUCGUCGAAGCCUUUGUUCAAGAUCUUGGAAAGGCACGCCCCACGAGAUUGAGCAAAUAUAGUACCGUCUCCAAGGGUUGGCGUCGCGCUAUAGAACGGCGGCUUUUCACCAAGAUUGAUGGUAUUGCCUCUGGCUCGUUCCAGUUGUCCUUCUUCAAAAACAUCCUGGCAGGGGAAGGCAACAGGCAUCGUCGGGAAUCGGUCAGAAGCUUAACCUACACAACCUAUCUCGCAUUUCGAGGCCAGCAGGACAUGUUGGACUUUGUUCGCGAGAGCCAACUUAGACUUAUGGAUGAGUUCAGCCAACUGUUCACUGUCAUUAACGACAUAUGGCCAACCGACCAGGGAACGAACAGUACCUCUACACAGCCACUGGCGCUAACGGUCAGUAUCGUCGGAAUCGGACACUGGAAGGCUGAAUACGAUGAGAGUACCUUCACAUCUCCACAAGCGGCAACAAGCCUUCCACUCACUCCGGCGAUCACCUCCCUCGAGAUCGUUUUCGAUCAGGCAUGGAACAAGGGGCGCCGCCCUCGGCACUUCAAACAAUCAGGCGGGGGUAACCAGGUACCUCCUUCAUGGAUCUUGCAACCAUUGAUGGCAAAGCUGCCGUCGGUUGGCAAACUCUCGUAUGAGAUGUUCAACUUCCUCGGGCAGGAACAAUUUCAGGACCGUUUGUUCACAGACACAUUCAAGUUCCUCGCCGGCCCAUUGACUGCAAACUUGACCGAGCUAUACCUCCACAUCGGUCCGUUUGGCCUCGAUACCUUUAACCAAACUCCCAGCGAACUCUGGGCCUCCAUGAUGGCGAGGAACAGCGACGAAGACGAUAUGGACCACAAUCCCCGUUUCAACGCAGCGUUGAGACAACUUAGUCAACAACUCAGUGUCCUCCACGUCUCCGGGCUGUUUGCAGUCCACCCUGAGCUCUUCUACCCCAAGGAGCUUGAACGCCAACCACCACCAUUCUGGCCACGCCUUCGCGAACAAUCCCUCGGUCGUAGCUCCACAAUCGAUCGGUUUCUCUUACGAGACCCCAACGAGCUCAACCAUCUCACUAUCAGUCUGACGCGCGGUAUGCUCUGCAUGCCCAAGCUUGAGAGUAUCGAGAUUUCCUUCCGGGUCGUGGUCGAUUCCCAGAAGCAAUUAGUAGGGCUUUACAGAAGAAGGGAUUACGAUCUUCCUGGCCGUUGCGAGAGGAUAAGGUAUCAGAGGAAAUGGUUUGCGGAGGCUCAACAUGAAGAGUUGGAUAGUACCUCUACUGCUGAUGGCGAGGGAGGUACUAGUGCUAGUACAUACCUCUAUACUUGCUACCUCUUGAAUAACGUCGACCUUUACGAGGAUGAUGCUCUCAGAUCGGCGAUUUCAAGCGAGGUGGAGGAGAAUUUGAUCGAGUUGAGACGGAGACUUGGGGGAAUUGGGUUGUCUCGGUUCCCAUAU